CUCUAUUGACAACAAAACAAGUUCGUAAAUUUAUAACAAAAAACAUAAAUUGAAUUAUAACAAUGACUGAUUUCGGCGGUGACUCGGGUGCUCGACUUAAGGGCGUCACCAUUGUUAAGCCCAUUGUGUAUGGGAACAUUGCGCGCUCCUUUGGCAAGAAACGCGAGGAGGACGGACACACUCACCAGUGGAAGGUCUAUCUAAAGCCUUACUUCAAUGAGGAUAUGUCCAUUUAUGUGAAGAAGGUGCACUUUAAACUGCACGAGAGCUAUGCGAACCCCAAUCGCAUUGUAGUCAAGCCCCCAUACGAAGUCACAGAGACCGGUUGGGGGGAAUUCGAGGUUGUAAUAAAAAUCUACUUCAAUGAUCAAACGGAGCGACCGGUGACCUGCUACCACAUCCUGAAGCUCUUUCAAUCGCCCGUAGUUGAUGGCGAGCUGACGUCCACCACCACAAUGGACACAAAAAAGGGCCUCGUUUCGGAGUCGUAUGAGGAAAUCGUUUUCCAAGAGCCCACACACGCGAUGCAGCAUUACCUGAUGCUCUCGGAACAGAGCUCCAAUGGCCUGCUCAGCCAUGACACUGACUUUGAGGAAAAGAAGACUAAAACGCUGGACAACAUUGUCAACGUUAAGAAGAAGGUUAAGGGAGAGAUUCUAACACUGAAGGACAAACUAAAACUAGCACGAGAAACCAUCUCGAAAUUUAAGGUGGAAUUGGCCAAGGUGCAAAAGACACCAGCGUAAUACCUGCAUCUCUGGGUGACUUCAAAGACAGUUUUUGGUAAAAAAUCUCAAAAGAAUUAAUUGGGGAUCUGUUAAUAUGAAGAUAAACACAAGAGGCGGGAGCAUCUGCGG